UAUGUCAGGACUUACGUUGGUUCCGGGAGACGCGUUGGCAAUUUCCUAAACACAGCUGAGCUCAGUCACUUAGUAUCAUCCGAGGCCGGGGCAGGGAAGAGGUGUGCGUGUUUGUUGGAUGUAACACCGGCUGGAAAGCGACCUCUUGAAACAGAAGAUAGCUGGACACCGAUUUGACAUGAGCAGGGUGCCCUGAUAUGGACAAAGAGAUGAUUCCCAAAUUCACGUCAAAGGAUGAGGAAGUUGAUUACUGGAAGUCCCAAGCCCUCAAAUAUAAGAAAAGAGACCACAGUCUAUGUUCGGGUAGGCAGCAGAGGUGCUUUUGCUAUGAUGCCCAGGAGGAACUGCAGGAGUUCCAGGAAGGGAGCCGGGAGCUGGAAGCUGAGUUGGAGGCACAGCUUGGCCAGGCCGAACACCGCCUUCGAGACCUCCACAUUGAAAACGAGAGACUGAAGAACGAGAUGGCCAACCUCAAGGAGAAACUGGAGCAUCAGUAUGCCCAGAGCUACAAACAGGUUUCUAUGCUAGAGGAUGACCUGGGCCAGACACGCAGCAUCAAGGAGCAGCUCCACAAAUAUGUCCGAGAGCUUGAGCAGGCCAACGAUGACCUGGAGAGAGCCAAAAGGGCAACAAUAGUGUCUCUUGAGGACUUUGAGGGCCGUUUAAACCAGGCCAUUGAGAGAAAUGCCUUCCUGGAAAGUGAGCUGGAUGAGAAAGAGUCCCUUCUAGUAUCUGUGCAGCGGCUGAAAGAUGAAGCACGAGACCUGAGACAGGAGCUGGCAGUACGGGAGCGGACUACAGACAGGAUGUCAGCACCCAGCUCACCCACCUCAGACAUCGACAAGAUGGAUUCUGCAGUACAGGCUUCUUUAUCCCUCCCAGCCACACCCGUAGUAAAGAGCAUAGAGCACCCUUUCAUCAGCUCAAAAGCAUUGACCAAUGGCUGUGGCAACUCAUCCCUCACUCCUUCUGCUAGAAUCUCAGCUCUUAAUAUUGUUGGCGAUCUCCUGAGGAAAGUUGGGGCUUUGGAGUCCAAAAUCGCCGCCUGUAGGAAGUUUGCCAAAGACCAGGCAGCAAGAAAAAAUUACUCCACAGACAAUGGCAAACUCCUCAACAGCAAUGCCACAAAGUUCUCUCACUCUCUACAUACAACUUACUUUGACAAAACGACUGUAAAUGGAUUGGACCCCAGUUCCUUGACGACAUCCAGAGCCGUGUCUCCACCAGGCAUGCUGCCUCUGAGUGUGUGAGGCAUCACCACACCACCCAAACCUCUACUGAAGUGUGUGUGUGUGUGUGUGUGUGUGUGUGUGUGUGUGUGUGUGUGUGUGUGUGUGUGUGUGUGUGUG